GACACAGAGAGAAGCUGAUUCUUGGCACUGCUGUUUUCAAGAUGAACGAUCGAUAACAAGAGGUAAGGAUCUUUUUCAGAAGAGUCGUUCCUCCAGAUUCCAAAGGACGGAUUGUGCAGCUCUAAGUGUGCACCAGUGUGAGCAGUGGGAUUCUUUCUCCUUUUGUUCCACAUGUGCACAGAGAGUUUUUAUGGACUUCAGUGACGAGGUGAGUUCUUUGAUAAGUUCCUCUUUGAGAUCUCAUCCCUUUGUCUGUCGGACUGGGUUCAGGAUCAGGGAGCAAAGCAAGUGCUUCUAUCAUUACUAGUCCAGUUUCUUAUCAAUUCAUAUGAACUUCAAUGGUUUGUUCAACUGGUUUCAUGCUUUACGAGACAAAACCUACUGGGAAAGAAAGGGUUCUGCAGACUCAUUAAUGAGAUCAUGGGAGGUGACGAUACGUUCAUCUACAGAGCUUCUAACUUUAACACUUAUUCGUGGCUGAUCCUUGAGGUCGGAGCUCUGUUGUUACACAAACCUGCCUGACCCCCAAACUCUCCCAUGUGAAUAACUCCCAUCAUGCAGCACUGAGUUCUCUCUCCUCCCGUCUGCAGGGCCGAGCAUCAGAACCAAACCUGCUCCAACACAAACACCUCCUCCCAACACUUCUGCUCUGCUCCACCACAAAGAUCCACGAGAUGAACAACAGCUCGAGCCCUGAGCCCCCCCCCUCCGUGGACCACCACUCCCUGCAGAUCCCGCUGGCCGUGUUCUACUCCAUCAUCUUCGUCCUGGGUCUGGUGGGGAACUUGGUGGCUCUGUGGGUUUUCUUCUGCGUCCAGUCCACUAAGAAGAACUCUGUGAGGGUGUUUCUAAUAAAUGCAGCGUUUGCAGACUUGCUGCUGGUGGCGUGUUUACCGUUCAGGAUUCUGUAUCACAGCCAGGGCAACGCAUGGAAUCUGGAUCCCACCUUGUGUAAAGCUGUGGGCAACUUCUUCUACAUGAACAUGUACAUCAGCGUCACGCUGCUGGGGCUGAUCAGUGUGGACCGCUACCUGAAGAUCCACCGCGGCACGGGGACGCCGUGCAGAGCACUGUCCACGAAGUGGAGCAGCUUCCUCUGUGCAGGCAUCUGGAUCACGUCCUUCUCUGUGGCUCUGUUGUUUGUGAUGUCAAAGACUGACUCAGAGCCCAACAGAUGUUUCCACUACAGGCAGCUCCUGGAGGAAAAGUGGAAAGCCUACAUCAACAUCGGUCUCCUGGUGGUCUUCUGGCUCGUCUUCCUGUCCCUGAUCGUGUCUUAUGGAAAGAUCGCCCUCACGCUUCUCAGAACGUCACAUGACAAACCGGACCUGCCCAACGCCGCACGCUACACCAGAACUGCCAGGAAGUCCUUCUUCAUCCUCUUCCUCUUCACGGUCUGUUUCGUCCCGUAUCACAUGGUCCGGGUGUUCUAUAUCAAAACUCAGAUCACAGCCACGCCCCCUUACUGGAGGGGUGUGGCCGACAAAGCCAAUGAGGUGGCUUUGCUGUUCUCUGCCCUGAACAGCUGCCUGGACCCCGUCAUGUACUUCCUGCUGUCGUCCUCCGUGAGGAAGCAGGUGCUGCGCCUGCUGGGCAACGUGCUGUGUGUGAGAGACGCUGUGGGAGUCAGUGGAACCAGCUCCACCGUCGACUGCGAUGGGAGAAGUGGGAGAACGGACAGAGGGGAGGCCAACCUGGGCCUGAUGAGGGAGGAGGGAGGAGCUGAGUCCAGCCGGGGGGGGGAUGUGUAGCUGCUCUGACACAGUGACACUCCGUCACCUUCAUCCUCAACAUGACAGUCAGCAGGGGGCAGCAGUGUUUCUCAAAUUAUUAAAUCUCAUCUGAGUUGAUGAACCAGGUUGAGAACAAAAUGAUCUUUGAGCCUCGUCGGUGUAAAUAAGAAGAAUAAUGAACUUUCUACAUGAAUUGUUUGAAGUUACAAGUUGAAUUUAUUUACCUGCUUGAAUCUGAGCCUGCAGUGUACAGGAGCUUAUUAUGGAUCAGCUGAUACAGGGCUUAACAGGCUAAUAUGAACAUAUCUAUAUAUAUAUUGUAAUUAUAAAUGUGGGUAAAAGAUAUGGCUCAUUUUAAUUUUCUUUACACAAUUCAAAAUAAUGUAUUUAAAUAAGAUUCCUUUUGUUUUUAACAGAUGAUCAUAAGAUGUAAAAUUGAUUCAAAAAAUGUUUUUACAUUUUUGUCCACACUGAAUGGUACAAUAUAGUGACUGUAUGAAUGAACCACAUUAAUGCUUUAUAAAAAUAAAAUGCUAUGGAGGGUGAGUUUAUGAUUUAAUCAGUCACAUAGUGAAACAGAUAAAAACAAUUCGUUAUUUAUUUUGAGAUAAAUUG